AUGAGUACUCCAUUUGGUUUAGAUUUAGGUAACAAUAACUCUGUCUUGGCUGUUGCUAGAAACAGAGGUAUUGACAUUGUUGUUAAUGAAGUCUCUAACCGUUCCACCCCUUCUGUUGUUGGUUUCGGUCCAAAGAACAGAUAUUUGGGUGAAACUGGUAAGAACAAGCAAACUUCCAACAUCAAGAACACCGUUGCCAACCUAAAGAGAAUUCUUGGUUUAAACUACGGUCACCCAGAUUUGAAACAAGAAUCCAAGCACUUUACUUCCAAGUUAGUUGAAUUGGAUGACAAGAAGGUUGGUGCUGAAGUUAGAUUUGCUGGUGAAAAGCACGUUUUCUCUGCCACUCAACUAACUGCCAUGUUCAUCGAUAAAGUCAAGGACACCGCCAAGCAAGAAACAAAAGCUAACAUCACUGAUGUUUGUAUUGCCGUUCCAGCUUGGUACACAGAAGAACAACGUUAUAACGUCGGUGAUGCCGCUAGGAUUGCCGGCUUGAACCCAGUUAGAAUCGUCAAUGAUGUUACCGCUGCUGGUGUUUCUUACGGUAUCUUCAAGAACGACUUGCCAGAAGGUGAAGAAAAACCAAGAAUUGUUGCUUUUGUUGACAUCGGCCACUCUUCCUACACAUGUUCCAUCAUGGCUUUCAAGAAGGGUCAAUUAAAGGUCUUAGGUACUGCUUGUGACAAACAUUUUGGUGGUAGAGACUUCGAUUUGGCUAUCACUGAACAUUUUGCUGAUGAGUUCAAGUCCAAGUACAAGAUCGACAUCAGAGAAAAUCCAAAGGCUUACAACAGAAUUUUGACUGCCGCUGAAAAAUUGAAGAAGGUUUUGUCUGCUAACACUACUGCUCCAUUCUCUGUUGAAUCCGUUAUGAACGAUGUUGAUGUAUCAUCCCAAUUAACUCGUGAAUCAUUGGAAGAAUUAGUCAAGCCAUUGUUGGAACGUGUUACUGAACCAGUUACCAGAGCUUUAGCUCAAGCCAACUUGACUGCUGAAGAUGUUGAUUUUGUUGAAAUCAUUGGUGGUACCACCCGUAUCCCAACUUUGAAGCAAUCCAUUUCUGAAGCCUUCGGAAAGCCUUUGUCUACCACUUUGAACCAAGAUGAAGCUAUUGCUAAGGGUGCUGCUUUCAUUUGUGCCAUUCACUCUCCAACUCUAAGAGUUAGACCAUUCAAGUUCGAGGACAUCCAUCCUUACUCUGUUUCUUACUCUUGGGACAAACAAGUUGAAGACGAAGAUCACAUGGAAGUCUUCCCAGCCGGCUCAACUUUCCCAUCUACUAAGUUGAUUACUUUAAACCGUACUGGUGACUUCUCAAUGGCUGCCAACUACACCGACAUCACACAAUUACCAACUGACACUCCAGAAUACAUUGCUAACUGGGAAAUCACUGGUGUCCAACUACCAGAAGGCCAAGACUCCGUUCCAGUCAAGUUAAAGUUGAGAUGUGACCCAUCUGGCUUACACACUAUUGAAGAAGCCUACUCAAUCGAAGAUAUUGAGGUUGAAGAGGCUGUUCCAUUAGCAGAAGAUGCUCCAGAAGAUGCCGAACCAGAAUUUAAGAAGGUUAUUAAGACCGUGAAGAAGGACGAUUUGACUAUUAUCGAACACACUUUUGGUUUGGAAGCUAAAAAGUUGAAUGAAUUAAUUGAAAAGGAAAACGAAAUGAUCGCCCAAGAUAAAUUAGUCGCUGAAACUGAAGACCGUAAGAACACUCUUGAAGAAUACAUUUACACCUUGCGUGGUAAGUUGGAUGAAGAAUACUCUACCUUUGCCUCUGAUGCUGAAAAGACCAAAUUGAAGGAUAUGUUAAACAAGGCUGAAGAAUGGUUAUACGACGAUGGUUUYGAUUCCAUCAAGGCCAAAUACAUUGCUAAAUACGAAGAAUUAGCUUCUCUAGGUAACGUUAUCAGAGGUAGAUACUUGGCUAAGGAAGAAGAAAAGAAGCAAGCUUUAAGAUCCAAACAAGAAUCCUCUCAAAUGGCUGCUUUGGCUGAAAAAUUGGCUGCUCAAAGAAAGGCUGAAGCUGACAAGAAGGAUGACAAGAAGGAUACCGAAGGUGAUGUCGACAUGGAUUAA